CCCUGAGGAUGUCGGACGGGAUCAUGAGCAAGGCUGCCACCAUGGAGAUCCCCAUCAGCAGCAACGGGGACACGGGCAGCCUGCCGGAGGAUGACGGCUUGGAGCAGGACCUGCAGCAGGUGAUGGUGUCAGGGCCCAACCUCAACGAAACCAGCAUCGUCUCUGGUGGCUACGGGGGCACAGCUGAAGGCAUCAUCCCCACCAGCACCAUCAAAGGUUCCGGGCUGCACCAGCCCCACCCCAGCCCAGCCAUCGGAGGAGAGGAAGUUGUCCGUGGCAUCGCCGUGGAGAAGUUUGACAUUGUCAAGAAAUGGGGUAUCAACACGUACAAGUGUACCAAGCAGCUGAUCUCGGAGCGGUUUGGCCGGGGCUCCCGCACUGUGGACCUGGAGCUGGAGACACAGAUUGAGCUGCUCCGGGAGACAAAGCGCAAGUACGAGUGUGUGCUGCAGCUCGCGCGGGCUUUCACCAACCACUUCUACAGCCUGGUGCAGACACAGCACGCCCUGGGGGAUGCCUUUGCGGACCUCAGCCAGAAGUCUCCUGAGCUGCAGGAGGAGUUUGGUUACAACGCGGAAACGCAGAAACUGCUCUGCAAGAACGGAGAAACACUACUGGGGGCUGUCAACUUCUUUGUCUCCAGCAUCAACACACUGGUGAACAAGACCAUGGAGGACACGCUCAUGACGGUCAAGCAGUAUGAGACAGCCAGGCUGGAGUAUGAUGCGUACCGCACGGACCUGGAGGAGCUGAGCAUGGGCCCUCGGGAUGCCAGCACCCUGUGCCGGCUGGAUGCAGCCCAGAGCCAGUUCCAGAGCCACAAGGACAAGUACGAAAAGCUGCGUGCUGAUGUGGCCAUCAAGCUCAAGUUCUUGGAGGAGAACAAGAUCAAGGUGAUGCACAAGCAGCUACUGCUCUUCCACAACGCCAUCUCUGCCUACUUUGCUGGGAACCAGCAGCAGUUGGAGCAGACCCUCAAGCAGUUCAACAUCAAGCUGAAGACCCCCGGUGCUGAGAAGCCCUCCUGGCUGGAGGAGCAGUGAGCCGCCCCCGCCGCCCCCCACGUGCUCUGGCCCGGGGGCGCCAUGGACCUGAAUUCUGGCCGCUGGCGCAGGGCCAGGCCAC